AUGAAGCUUUCCAAUCUUAUCCUCACCAUCCUGCCCCUGGCCCUCGCGGCCCCGAUCGCGGAGCCCGAGGCCGCAUCCGAGAUCGAGGCUCGCCAAGGGUACAAGAACUACGGCACAUACGGCGACAAGAAUGGUGGCUACGGAAGCUAUGGAAGUUACGGAGGCCCUCCUCCCAAGCCUCCACCACCACCUCCCCCUCCACCACCGCCACCACCCGCACCAAAGCCUGCGCCUCCCCCACCGCCCCCACCGCCACCUCCUCCUCCUCCCAAGCCUGUCCCGCCGCCUCCUCCGCCACCGCCCCCACCAAAGCCCCCAGGAUACGGCUCCUACGGCGACAAGAACGGAGGCUACGGCAAGUACGGCAGCUAUGGCUCAUACGACAAGAAGGGAGACUACGGAAAAUAUAGCAACUAUGGCUCGUACAAGAAGGACCUGACCGAUGUCCUUGCUGCCGCCGCACAGGUCCUGGAGUGA